GCGGGGAGAGAGAGCUGCUCUCCUCGUAAACAGUCCAGCUCCGACGCUUUACGCACAGCCAUGGUUCUGACGCACAGGUGAACUUAUCUCGCCUUCACGCGCUCAGAUUCUACGAGGAGGAAAUUUUGGUUUUAAGGCUAUUAAAAGAAGAAACCACCGAUAAACUUCCCACUCUCCUCUCUCCACGGCUUGAAGCGGAACCAUGUCCAGGAAGAAGGCGGCGAGGGGCAAAGGGAGCUCCAAGAGUCCGAAGGCGUCUCCGAGCAGCGGGAGGACAGCGAAGGGGCUGGCCGCUGCUGCCGCUCCGUCUUCCGGACUGGUUUACCCGAGCAGACAGUCCAUCAGCAACAGCGGAGAGUUUUACGACGUCGCCUUCAAGGUGAUGCUGGUGGGAGAUUCAGGUGUGGGAAAGACCUGUAUGCUGGUUCGUUUUAAGGAUGGAGCCUUUCUAGCUGGGAGCUUCAUCUCCACCGUGGGCAUUGAUUUCAGGAAUAAAGUUCUGACCAUCGAUGCAGUGAAAGUCAAACUGCAGAUCUGGGACACCGCUGGUCAGGAGCGUUUCCGGAGCGUCACACAUGCUUACUACCGCGAUGCUCAUGCUCUCCUCCUCUUGUAUGAUGUCAGGAACAGAGCCUCCUUCGACAACAUCAGGGUGUGGCUCACAGAGAUUCAUGAGUAUGCUCAGCAAGAUGUGGUCGUCAUGCUGUUGGGAAACAAGGCCGACUCCACACAUGAUAGGGUGGUGAAACGAGAUGAGGGAGAGAGACUGGCAAAGGAGUUCGGUGUGCCCUUCAUGGAGACGAGUGCUAAAUCUGGACUGAAUGUAGAGUUGGCUUUCACUGCUGUGGCCAGGGAACUGAAGCACAGGACCAUGAAAGAACCUGAUGAGCCCAAGUUUCAGCUCCAAGAAUACGUUGACAAAGAAAUGAGGAUUGCCGGCUGCUGCCAGUCGUAGACUAAGUCUUGUGUGUGUGUCUGUGUGUGCUUGCAUUCUUCAGGCAUUUUAUUAGGCUAGACCAUAAGCUAAAAGUCUGUGUGUGAAUGGAAAAGACACAAAAAUGACCUGUUUGUUAUAUUUCUCUGUGUUAAAAUGCUCUCACACAGCCCUCCUGUCUUCUACAACUUUGGAUGUCAUAUCAUUACAGUCAACAUAAUAAUAAUAAUAAUAAUACAGUUUAUUUAAAAGCGCCUUUCUGGUCACUCAAGGACACUGUACAGAAUAAAAACACAAAUCAUUCAGUAAGUAAACAUGAACAAACAAGGCACUCUAAAAUUCAAAGCUGAUAUGUGGUUAUGAAGAGGUGAGUUUUGAGUUGUUUUUUGAAUUCUGUGAAUGAGUUAAUGUUCUUGAUGAGAGGGGGAAGGGAGUUCCAGAGUUUGGGAGCGGUGCAGCUGAAGGCUCUUCUCCCCAUGGUGUUGGGAUGGAAGGAGGCCACAGAGAGAUGAAUGGAGGAGGAGGACCUGAGGGAACGGGACGAGGUGACGAUGCGAACGAGAUCUGUGAGGUAGUGAGCGGUGAGGUUUUGGAUGGCCUUGAAAGUGAGGAGGAGAAUCUUGUAGUUAAUCCUGGUGUGCACUGGUAGCCACUGGAGUUGUUUGAGGCUGGGGGUGAUGUGAUGAGAGAUGGGAGUUUUAGUAAUGAUGUGUGCUGCUGCAUUCUGAACCAACUGGAGCUUACGGAGGGUUUUCUGAGGGAGGCCUCAGAGAAGAGAGUUGCAAUAAUCGAUACGUGAUGUAACAAGACUAUGGACAAGAAUAGAAGUAGAGUGGACAUCAAGGGAGGGGCGAAGAUGAUUAAUGUUACGAAGAUGGAAAUAAGCUGACCGUGUGAUGCUAUUGAUAUGAAAUUGGAAGGAUAGUGUGCUGUCUAGGAUGACACCCAGACUCUUGACCUGGGGAGAGGGAGAAACUGAAGUAUUAUCAACUGUGAGAGAGAAACUGUCAAAUUUUGAGAGGGUGUUCUUGGUACCAACCAAAAAAAGUUCUGUUUUGUCUGUAUUUAAUUUCAGGGAGUUCGAACUGAACCAGGAUUUUAUUUCUUGAAGGCAGGUGAUGAGGGAGGAGGGAGGAAGUGCAGGAUUUGGCUUACUGGACAAAUAGAGCUGGGUGUCAUCCGCGAAGCAGUGAAAAUGAAUAUUGAAUCUGCAGAAGAUAUUGCCAAGGGGAAGGAUGUAUAUAAUGAAAAGUAGGGGCCCCAGGACAGAGCCCUGGGGCACACCAGAAGAGACAGAAGAGGGCUGUGAGCAGGAGGAUUUGAUAGUAAUGAACUGAGUGUGACCUGAUAGGUAGGACUGAAACCACUGAAGUGGGAUGUUAGGAAUGCCAAUGGAAGAUAACCUAUGGAGGAGAAUGGCAUGAGAUAUUGUGUCAAAGGCCGCACUCAGAUCAAGGAGGACCAGGAUGGAUAGUAGACUGGAAUCAGCAGCAAUGAGGAGAUCGUUAGUUAUUUUGAGGAGGGCUGUUUCUGUGCUGUGAAGUGGGUGGAAACCGGACUGGAAGGGUUCAUAGAAGGAGUUUAGUGUCAGAUGGGUGUGGAGCUGGGUAGCGACUAUUUUUUCUAAAACUCUGGAGACAAAGGGUAGGUUGGAGAUGGGGCGGAGAUUAGGAAAAAUGUUAGGAUCCGAACCAGGUUUAUUAAGUAUUGGAGUAACUGCAGCAGUUUUGAAGAUAGAGGGAACAAUACCGGAGGAAAGGGAUGCGUGUAUGAGAGUGGAGACGAGAGGGAGCAGGGAGGGGAGGCAGGAUUUAAUCAAGGUCGUGGGAAGGGGGUCGAGAAGGCAGGUAGAAGGCUUUGACUUGUAGAUAAUAUCUGAUAUCUCAGAAUCACUGGGAAGUUGGAAAAUAACUGUGUUGGUUCGGGAGGAUCAUAUGAGGAGGUAGGGGGGAUGCUUUGGUUGAUUGCACUGUGAAUGUUUAUUAUUUUUUCGUUGAAGAACAGAAGAAGGGCAUUACAAGUAGCAGUAGAGCACAUGUGUGGGAGCAGAGUAUCGGAAGGCCAGUGAAUUUUAUUGAUAAUGGAGUACAAUGACUUAGUGUUGCCUCGAUUGGAGUUGAUUAGACAGGAGUAAUACUGUUGUUUGGUUAGUAUAAAUAAAGUCCUUAUACUGAGUCAUAUCAUUUUUAUAUAGUUCUUUGUGAAUGGUGAGACCAGUUUUACUGUAGAGGCGUUCAAGCUGCCUGGAUUUGGUUUUCCGCGUCCGGAGUUGAGGGGAAAACCAGGGAGCAGACUGACAGAAAGUAACAGAAUGGGUUUUAACUGGAGCAAGGAAGUUUAAAAUGUGAGCUAACUAGUCAUUGUAGAGAGCAGCCAGGUCAUCAGGAGAGGAGAGAUUGUCCGGUAGCUGAAUAUUAUCAAAUAGGUGGAUAAAGUGUCGAUAUUGAUGUCCUUUAUAUUCCUAAAAGAAAUGAGCCCGGUUGGUUUGGUAAAAGAAAGCUGGGUUACAAUAUUGAAAGAAAUAAAAUAGUGAUCAGUGAUGUGGAGAUCAUCAGCUGCACGGUUAAGAGGGGUGAGACCAGAGCAGCACAGCAGAUCCAGGCAGUGUCAUUUGGAGUGAGUUGGAAAGUUGAUGUGCUGAUUAAAGCCAAGGCUGUCCAGGCAGGAUGAAAGUCUUUGGUGAGGGGAAGAUCGCUGUUGUCCAUGUGUAUGUUAAAAUCUCCAAGCACUCUUACAUUAGAUGAGAGUGUAGAUAAAUGAGUGAACAGUACUGAGACUUCUGACAGAAAGUCUUUGUGAGGUUUAGGGGGCGAUAGAUGAUAGUGGGGGUAGGUCCAUUAAGUUUAAAAACCAAAUACUGAAAGGAAUUAAAAUCAGAGACAGACACUGGCAAAACUUUCCAAUUCUCGCAAUAGAUUAUCGCGAGACCUCCGUGAGAACCGCGUGGUUUGGUGAGGUAAACAAACCCGGGAGGAGUAGCGUCAUUGAGCUGGGAGAAAUCAGCUGGCUGCUGCCAAGUUUCGCAAAGGCACAUGAAGUCGAUUCCACGGUCCUUGAUGAGAUCGUGAAUGAGAUGACCUUUCCCAGUGAGAGAGCGGAUGUUGAGAAGGCCGAAGCUGACGGUGGUGCUGUCACAUCCAUGAGCGUUAGCUGUCCUGGCGAGGCUGGCUAACGAGGAGUGAUCAGCUGUUUGGCGGUAUGAGUUCCUGUGAGGACGACGGCGAGUAGUGGACCAGAAAGAAUUGAUUGAAGUGGAGUUGUGGUAGUGGAAAUUUCUGCGUGAGCCGCGGUGGACAUAUCUCCGACGGAGAAGAUGAGAUGUCCGGGUCGAGGUGCAGUGAAGCCGGUGCAGAUCCAGGGCGGUGGCGAAUCCUGAGGAGCUCAGCGGCAGUGUACUGGAGGAAGUCAGUAGCAGGUCGGUGGAAGAUGAAUGAUCAAAUCCAGAUGAGUGCGGACCACACGUGAAUAGUGUUGGUCCACAUAAUAGAGGUUAGGAUUGAUGUAGAUAUCCACAGUCCAGUCAACAAUCCGAUAGUGUCAGUCCAACAUAUAAAAUCAAAAUAUAAAAUCAAGUAAAAUCAAAGUUCACUGGUGUGCAGCGGCAGCCAAACGCGCCAGCUUUCACUCAAUCCGGUGGGUCCACGUACAUGUAGUCCACAACCUGCUAAAUUCAUCUUCCAAUUUUACAUAAGUUAUGUAAAUAUUUUAUAAUUUAGAUUAUUUUGUUCCUCUGAAAACAUUGUGGUUGCUAAAAGCCUUGUUGAAACAAAGUGGACAUAAUUAUAUUAAAAUGUGAAUGAAAUCAGUUUUGAGAAUGUAACAAAAUAAGACGAUUUUAUCAACACAUUUGUACAACAUUUCAAAUACACCUAAUGUGAGCUUUCUAAAGGCACUGUGUGCUGUUAUUGUACAGAAUAUCAUAACUGAAGUGUUGAUGUGUCUGUGGAACAUGUAUCUUUUUUGUACACAGUGAAAGUAUUCCAAUAAUAAAUUUGCUUAUGUGACCAUUACAGCAUUUUAAAUGUAUAAAUAUACAAAGAACCAUCAUAGGUACUCUGUGCUGCUUAGAUUUUUAACUACAUCUGGGGUUUUAUUUUUUUAGAGAAACAAUUGCCAACAUGUAAAUUUGCUUCCAGACUGAACAUGUAAGUCAGGCGUUGUUGAAAAAGGAAAACUGUUAGUAAAUUAGUAAAAUCUGAUUCAAGAUUAUUUACAUUUCCUGGGUUUAUUCUGUAGAAUCAAACAAGAAAAAACAUUUUAAAAACAAACAACUUCUUAAUCAAUCAAUCAAUCAAUCAAUCAAAGCUUUAUUUAUAAAGCGCCUUCCGCAACCCUGUCAGGAAGCCCAAAGCGCUGAACAUGGUACAGUUGUAAGUAAUUAUACUGAAUAAAUCAACAAUAAAAGAAAUUCAAAUUACAAAAUACAAAAUGGAAAUAACAAGAUAGAUGAAACAUUCCGGUAAAAUACAAAUGUGUGAAACACAAUUGGAUUGAGUGGAUGGAUUGAGUGUACCAAUGAAAACUGUGGAAUGGAUUCAACAUAAUAGAGGGCCAUAAUCAAACAUGUUCUGGAAACGCCAAGCGGAGGAGGUGUGUUUUUAGGUGAUUCUUAAAGACUGGCAGAGAAGGGGACAGCCUAACUGAGGGUGGCAACUGGUUCCAGAGUAACGGUGCUAGGACUGAGAAAGCCCGGUCCCCACGGGUACGACACCUAGACCGAGGGACAGCGAGCAGGCCUUGGUCAGAGGAGCGCAGAGCGCGUGAUGGGGAAUGUCUGUUCAGGAGUGUGGCCAGAUGGGGGGAGCACCACCCUGGAAGAAAUGAUAAACAAAGACGAGUAUUUUGAAUUGUGAGCGAUAGGAAAUCGGAAGCCAGUGCAGGGAGGUCAGAACUGGACUGAUGUGGUCCCGUUUCCUGGUCCCAGUCAAGAACCUGGCAGCGCUGUUCUGCACAACCUGUAGGCGACGCAGUGUUGACUGACACAACCCUGUGUAGAGAGAGCUGCAGUAGUCAAGCCGAGAAAUUACAAAGGCAUGCAGUACCCGCUCCUUAAAGGGCAGGUGUGGAUUUAGUUGAGAUUUGCUGGAGGAAAAUCCCAGUUUUUAUAGUUUCAGUUUAUUUGUUUAACUCAUUCACCGCCAAUGACGACUAAAGCAGUCAUUUGCAUUUUUUUACUGUGUGGGCGUCGGAACGAGCCACCGCACCGUGAGAGAAAACAUCUCAGCUCUAAAGCCGAUCUUCAUCCGCAUACGUCGCACGUCACGUGAUCAGGAAGCAGAAAAUCCAUGUUUUAGGAGAUCGUUGUGGGCCGCUGCUGUAAAAAAAAAGUGAGGCGCGAACCGGAAAAGCUUCUGCCGAUCACAAUUCAACAACGGAUUAUGAAAGAACGGAUAACGCUCGAAAUGCACGGAUUCUUCCUGAUGCAAGAGGUGAGUCUCCGCUUUGUUUUGGUUGUUUUGGCGUCGACAUCCUAGCGCGCAACGUUCUGUCACUCUUAAGAAAACAGUAAAAACGGCGAGAAACACUGGCAGCGAAGGGCUUUACCGAUCAGGAAACGGCUGGCAGGAACUGAGUUAAUAACUUAGUCAUUUUCUCUGAGGUGUAGGUAUCGACAAAUAAAAACGAUGUCCCAUUACUCUGUGGGGGACAGGUUUGAAGCCAAAUGGGAGGUUCCCACCACCGCCACUUUAGCUGUGUCACAUGUCCCGUCAUGCCCAGACAAUCCAAAUAUGGGAAAAGAGGUGAAGCUGAGGAUGGGGCUGUUAUGGCUGGAACAGGGUUGGGCUCAAUCCCAAUACUCGCACUGCGCCCUGCAGCCUUCAGUAAAAUGCACUUGGAGAAUGUGUGCAGUAAGGCUACAAGUGCGUGGUACACAAUUGUGCAAAUAAUUGCUGAAUUGAGACAUUGAGCAUUGAGUCAUCGAUCGCAAUGCAUGCCUGGAUGCUGGUCACUGUGAUACUUUAAAAAAACAAACAACUAACAAUUUUCAAACAUUUAAACUAUUUUUGGAAGUAUGUUUACAUUCGUUGCUGCUUUUUCUUAAAGUUUUAGACCAACUAAUCAUCCUAAACUUAACCGCUUUCAUUAGGAAAUACACAUUUUCAGAAAAGGAACUUGAGCCUGUUCUCCCGCAGCAAUGGAUUGUGGGUCCACUUCACCCAAGUCCGCAUCGAUGCGUGAUCAACUUCCGCACUUGAGAAUUGGGACACCCUACGCACUUGCACUCUGGUCGGGAGUGGGAGUAUCGAGAUUGGGCCUUGGAACCAAAUGAAUCUAUGUGGCGACUAGCUAACUUAGCUAACCCAAGAAGCUAAGUUCUGAGGUAGCCAACCCACUUGGCCACCUGGCUUCCAUGCAAGGCUGUCAUGCUGGUAGUUUGUGGAGCUUGAAUAUGGACUGUUAAAAUACAUGUGAAGCGUCAGACCACUGCGAUCGGAGCCGGGUGGUGAGGUCAUGGUCAGCUUCAGAGAUCAGCUACAUGCUAACUUAAGGUAACAGAGGUAUCUCAGGCACUAUUAAUGAGAGAACCACGGUAAAGCAACUCCAAAAUCAACUCAAAUAGCAGCGUGUAUCUUUAAACUCCCUCAGAGAGCUCCACAAUUGAUCAGCAAAACUAAACUUAGCAUGGAAGCCAGGCAGAUGUGUGGUGUGUCUUGGACCCCUCAGAAGGCAGGAGCCUGUGGCCGCCUGCGCGUAGCAGCUGUUCCUGGCUGAGAGACAGGAGGGGCUGGGUGCCCAUCUCCCUGAGCGUUCUCCACAAGGAUAAAACAGCAGAUUUGUGGAUCUCUGAUCGCAACACUGCUGCUGUGCUGUUAAAUGGAGAAGCAUGUUACUGAAAAUUGUCAAACCUCUCUGCAGCGGCAACCUCGCAAAUCUUUGAAUGCAGUAGAGCAGCUUAGUCCUAAAGCCCCUGCAGCUUACGAGUUUCAGUCAGCCCUAUCAAUUUCUUGGCUUCAUAAAAUUCAGACCAAAAUGGCCCCUUGGUUGUGGGUCAAAAGCCCAGGACAGACAACUGAAGCCCUGGUUUUAGAGCAGCUUCUAUCCUAAUCCUUAAGGUCCUGUAUAGCUUGGAUGUUUCCUCAAUGGUGCCAUUGCUUCUUCAGCAUUUCAUCAAGUUCUUUGAAGUCUGGUAAUCAGCUCUUGAUUCAGAUUAGGUAUGUUGAGCAGAGAAACACCUAAAACAUGCAGGAUAGUGACCCUAGGGGACCAGGACUGGACACCACUUGUCCAUAUGCAGACACAAGGGUCUUUAUGUAGUUGCAAUCCACAGUUUUACCAAGAGAUGUCACCAAAUCUUGCAGAUUUGCUUUGAUAAAACAAAACAUUUUAUCCUUCUGAUUGUCAUCAAGUGAAGUUGUAUGUUAGGACCCAAAUGCAGGUGAGAGCAGUCCCAGGAAGCAAGUUGCAGGUUAAAAAAAAACUGAUUUACUUGGAUGAUGGGAAGACGAGAUGAGAAUCUGACACAGACCAACACCAACAGAGGGUUUAAAUACAUGAGGGUAAUCAGGGAAACAGGUGGGUAAGGUAACGAGGGGCAAGUGAGUUCAAUCAACACUAACAAACGAGAUGAGACGCCAGAGACACAAGAGGCUACAGGAGCAGAUCCUGACACUGAUGUAACUACAAGACAGCUCUAAAGGAAGUUAGGUGUGGACCUCUUUAGAUGUCCUUCAACCAGAAUGCCUCCAGUUUUUAGACAUGUCAGUGUUAAAAGGAUUAUUCUUUUUGGUCUUGUUAUAUUAAUUCAUGUUAUUAUGUGAGCAAAUUUUAAAGAGAGUUUGUCGUUGCUAUUUUGUUUAAUAAAUGACUUCAUGUACAUUUAGAUGACAGAACUACAGACUGAGUGAAAAUGUUUGGAUUUGAUCUCUUCUGAGAUUUUCCUGUUGCUGUUGGUCAUCAGAGUUAAUCCAUGUUGGUUUCUGGUUCGGGUGAUUAUCUAAUGGUGUGGUUGGCUCGAUCUACAGGAACUCGUGCUUUCAUAUAAACAUUUGUCUCUUGUAGAAAAGGACAAAACUUGAUGUUGUUAGCUUGGAAUUUGUAUCUUGUUUUUAAUGUACUAAUCUUUAGUGUUUAAAAUAAAGGCAUAUGAAAUGUU